AUGAACAUCGACCUGCUUUCAAUGACUUGGGAGGAGUUCCAAAUUUUGGCGUUAGAACACGUGAAACAAAGCCAUACGGUGAAUCCACUCUUUUGCCUUUUGCAUGAUGCCAAUUAUAUUGGGGCCCUUGAAUGGCGUGUCACACUAUUGGGGCAUCCGUAUUACACUGCUGCAAACAAGAUUCAGGUUGCCAGCGACGCCUUGUUCUCCAAGUUUGCAGAGGCCGCCUACAACUUUUUUCCCAAUGCAGUCGUCUUUAAGAUGAUUAUGCGUGAACCAAAUGACCCUCCUGCGGAUUCAAUGCCGGCCGACGGGAAUUCCGUCAAAAGAGCUCACCCAGUGGACGCCAAUGGAGAGCGCCGUCCCACUAUUGCCUUGCGGACCCCCGGAGCAUAUAGGUUCCAAAAGUACCCAGCAGUCAGCAGUUCCGGGAAUCAAGGCCUUUCAACUGGGCUGUCCAACACCGUUCAAGCUGGCCCCGACGACGGGGUCAAUGCAUCCCCUUUGGGAGGCAGGGGCCAUGGCGCCGUUCAGAACAACAUCAGUCAAUCAACUGGGAGCCGCAGUGUUACACGCGCCGUCACAAAGGACGGUCCCAAAGGAAUGUCCACCCCCAAGACUCAUGAGGUGGGGCCCUCUCCCUUGGCAACCAACACGACCGCCCCACGCGUCCCGGCUGGACGUCAGCCAGUAUCAACAGACAAGAUUGAAGUGAUCUGCAGGCCUCUGACUGCUACAGCCCGCCGCGUGGUUUCUCUCCCAUCGACUCGAGUUAUCCAGUUGCCUCAAGCCGGUCCUACCCACCAAGCAAGGAUCCCACUCGGCCCUGAACCACCUGAGUUGCAAAGCGUCCCCUUCAAGAGGUUCCUGGACGUCGCCGGCAUUCAUUCAAAGGAUUCUGGAACCCGACACCGAUUGAGCGCCCAUGGGAUAAUACAUUGGACCUUUUUCAGAAGUGCGUCAGAGCAGGCAUUACUUGAUUUGGGAUUCCCUAUUGGGACUGCCCGCCUACUUUGCGAGGGGGUCGCUCUACUUGAACAAGAUGUUUAUUCCCAUAGAUAG